AUGGCCAAGCGUCCAGAUCGCGCAGACACGCCUGUCGGUCAUGAGGGCCAAACCACAAGCAGUCUAGAUCCUCCGUCGAAACUCUCGCAUGACCUUGUCACUCGCCGAGUCCCAAUGCCCGUUCGUGGCUUGGACCCAACCACAUCUGCGACAGGCGAUUCGGACGACAAGCGUCAACGAGAAGAAGAAAUUGAAGCAAAAAGUCAGGCCAAUAGGGCCAGAUACGAGCAGAGCAUGUUUGGAUUCAGCUCAAACGGCGAUCGACGAACGUUCAGUCAUGUCCACACCAGUGCACCCGCAAUGUCCAGACGGCAAGAAAGCGAAGAUGGCGAGAAUCAAGACGACGGAGGAUCGUUUUACUCGUAUAAUUCGGCAAGAGACGUGCGGCUAUUUGUCAAGGAGAUGCAUGGUCGGAUCUGGAACAGUAUGAACGAGACAUAUAUGCUCCCCUCCGACGAUACCGAGUGGCAUCGUUUGAACCGACAGCAUCUGGCGCAUAUUAUCGGCCUUGGUGGUCUGUAUCCAUGUCCAGAGCAAGUAGAAGCGCACCUUGCACCAGCUGAGGGUGCUCGAAAACAAAUUCUAGAUGUAGGUUGUGGCACUGGGAGCUGGGCAAUCGAAAUGGCCGAGCGCUUUCCUCAUACUCUCGUCACAGGUAUUGACCUUGCACCUACGCCACUCGACACCGCCCGUUUCCCAUCCAAUCUUCACAUUGAGAUCGACGACAUUAAUCUCGGUCUGGCACAUUUCCACGGGCAAUUCGACCUUGUCCACAUGCGCUGCGUUACAGGUGGCAUCAACGAUAUCGACAAAGCAAUGCUCGACUUGCAGCGUUGUUUAAAGCCGGGUGGAAUACUGAUCGUCAUUGAUGGAUGGGUGGCCUUUAUGAGUGACUUGAAUACGGUUGGGAAGCUACGAAGGCUCGAUGGAGACGAGGCUGACGCGACCGCCACGACUGAAGACGGGUCAUGGUUGAAUCGGAUAUUCUGGGAGGCCAUUCAAGGCAAUAAACUCGCAGGAGCAAGUAUAGACCGCGGCCGAGAGGUGCUUGCCGCGGGGCUGUGGGGCCAGCCAUAUUGUGACCCUUCUUCGAUAGUGAGCGGAAGUUAUUUUAUUCCCAUCGGCCCAUGGGCUCGAGGACGUAAUGUCUCACAGACCCAGCAGCUCCAAUAUGGUGGACUCCUCAUGCGCCAGUCGCUCGCAAGCAUCCACCAUGCUUUUCAUUCCAUCCUCCUCCGAUUUGGCUUGACACAAGAUGUGCUCGACAAAUGGUCACAAGAGACCGAUGACGGUUAG